AUGUGGACGUAUAACCCAAAAACAGACAUAGAGUUUAAUAAAGGACUGCUAUUCACUAAUGUCGAUGCAUUUAGAGCAGCUUUAAAGGACUAUGUAAUUCAGAAAGGAUUUCCAAUUAUGAGAGUGAAGAAUGAGAAGAGCAGAGUAACUGCAAUUUGUGGAGUUGAGGGAUGCAAAUGGAGAAUCCAUGCAUCACCAAUUACAGAUUCCAUGACCUUUAUGAUUAAAACUUAUCAAGGUGAACGCACAUGUGUGAUGGAUAGGAAGAACACACAAGCUACAGCUGACUGGAUUGCCAAGAAACUAGUACCAGUCAUGAGAAUUCAUCCUAACAUGUCCAUCAAAGGGGUAGAAGCAGAGAUGAUUAAAUAUGGUGUGCAUCCAAGCAAAUGGCAGAUUUAUAGAGCACUAACUAAAGCAAGAAAUGAGAUUGAAGGAAAUCACAGUGAAUCAUACACCAAAUUGCCAAAGUAUGCAAAACUCCUCAGGAAAUACAAUCCACACAGUAUCUGCAAAAUACAUUAUGAUAGGCCUACUCUUCUUGUUGAGCCUAGAUUUCUAAGAAUCUUUAUUAGUUUCAAAGCUCAAAGAAGUGGAUUUAUUGAAGGCUGUAGACCUUUUGUUGGUUUUGAUGGAUGUUUUUUAAAAGGUCUUUUUGGUGGUGUGCUUCUCACAUCAGUCACCUUAGAUGCUAACAAUAGCAUUUUUCCUAUUGCAUUUGCUGUGGCUGAAGUUGAAAAUAAAGAAACAUGGAGUUGGUUUUUUCAUUAUUUUGAGGAGUUUUUUGGGCCAUUUGGAGAUAAUGGUCCUCUAACCUUCAUGAGUGACAGGCAAAAGGGCUUGAAUGUAGCUUAUGAAGAGGUAGUGCCUAUUGCUAGUGGAAGGCAUUGUUGUAGGCAUAUCUGCAACAAUUUUAAAGCUCAAUUUCCUGGACAUAAUGAAGCCAUGGCCAGCAUAAAGGAGCUAAACAUAGAAGCUUGGAAAUAUUUGGACAAAAUUUCCAAACCAACUUGGUAUAGAUAUACCUUUAAUACUGGACUCAAAUGUGAUCAUGUCACAAAUAACUGCACAGAGUCCUUUAAUGCAUGGAUAGGUGAGCUAAGAGGGAAACCUAUCUUGACACUAGUUGAUGGGCUGAGGAACAAGUUCAUGAAGAAAAUGCAUAAGAGAUAUCAGAAAGGGUGCAUGCUCACCACUACUGUCACACCAAAGAUGGUUGGUAAACUACAAAGAAUAGGACAAGCAUCAAGACAAUGUGAACUGACUAUGGCUUCUGAUGACGUUUUUGAAAUGGGGGAUAUGUACAGGUCUUACAUAGUCAAUUUAGCAGCUAAAAGUUGUGAUUGUGGAGCAUUUCAAAUUUUAGGACUUCCUUGUAAACAUGCUGCAUUGGGGAUUAUCUACAAGUGA